GGUUCCCGCGGUCCGCUCCCGCCAUUGGCGGGCCGUUUGAAUGACGGAAGUGACGAUCGCCUGGCGAUGGCCGUCCCGCAGGUACCCAAACGGCUGCUGGGUAGCCGGCUGGCUGCGGGUUCCUGUGUGCCGUGAGGUCCGGCCGCACACGCUGUCAGAUCCUUUAUAUUUACAAUACACAGAAAUGAAAAGAAAGGUACUGAGUGCCGGCAAGCUGAGGCUGAGUCCUAAUGAGGAAGCCUUCGCUUUGAAGGAGGACUAUGAAAGAAGACGGAAACUACGACUGCUACAGGUUCGAGAACAGGAAAGGGGAAUUGCCUUCCAGAUAAGAGAAGACGUAAAACAGAGGCGAAACCAGCAGUUUUCUCGUUUGGCUGAAGAGCUAAGAGCAGAAUGGGAAGAAACCCAAAGCCAGAAAAUCCAGAACUUGGAAAAACUGUAUUUGGCAAGUUUAAGACAUAUGGGAGAGGGACAUCGACAGGCUAAAGAAAACGAACCUGACUUGGAUGCUUUGGCUCGCCGGGCAGAAGAAAGAAAAAGAAAAGCAGAAGUGAGGCAUAAAGAAGCCCUGAAAGUGCAGAAAAAUCAAAAAGAGAUGUUAAUGAAACAGAAAACCAGGCACGUAAAAGCUCGAAAGGAAGCAUUGCUUGUGGAAAAAAAGAGAUCAGCUAAAAUGGCCAGGCUGCCACCUCCUGUCCCAGCCCCUUUUGAGAGCAUUGAAGUAAACAGAAUUCCUUCAUUGAAAACCAAUAGCUCCACCUACCAUCAUAUUUCCACUUUUGUGAGUAGACAGAUGAGCACAAAGCAGCCAGAUGCUCACUUGGCUGCUGAAAAAGAAGCUAGGCGGUUGGAAGGACUGCGAAAACAGACAGCACAGGAGAGAAAGGAGCAGUCUGACAGGGCACGUGUGCGAGGAUCCCAAGCCUUGAAGAAGAUCCACUUGGCCCAAAACCAAGAGAGACUAAUGGAAGAACUCAAACAGCUGCAGAAAGAAGACCUGGCACGUAGGCGACAGACAGUGGCACAGAUGCCACCACGACUAGUUGAACUGCCGUACAGACGCAGUGAGAUGAAAGAAGACUGGCAGCGAGAGCUGGAAUUCGCCUUUGAAGAUUUGUACAAUGCAGAUAGGAAGGUGAAAGGAGACCUGAUUUUGCAUCUUAAGCCUGAGCCUUUGCCCACAAUGUCUGACCAGCUCCAUGAUGAAGAACUGGACCUUUCAAUAGAAGGAGAGAGUCAAGUGCCUUUGGUAACAAAGACCCAACAAAUCCCCUCAAGAAUUCUUUUUAAAAGAUUAUUAAAUAAGAUUCGAAGCCAAAAAUCUCUCUGGACAAUUAAAUCCGUGUCUGAGGACGAAAGUGAAAUGACUACAAGCGUCAGUGAGACUGAGAGUAAAGUACCAAGCGUGGAUCCAGCAGCUAUUGCCGUGGAGGAGAGAACAGCGGCCUCUGAGCAAGAACAAGUCAUGGACAGUGAUGGGCUGACGAUUGAGUCAGGACCACUGAGUAGUGAAGUUAAGCCAUCUUUCUACCAAGCUGGUGCUGGAGAAGAACAAGCAAUGGCUGUGUGUCCACCUGUCACAACUGUGGCUCAGAGUUCAGUACUGCUUCAUCCUCAGGAAGAAGCAGUCAGAAUUCGAAUGGCAGCAAGGCACAAACAGAUAAUGGAGAUAGAAGAGCAGAAGCAGAAGCAGUUGGAAUUACUUGAACAAAUUGAGCAGCAGAAGUUAAGAUUAGAAACUGAUUGUUUCCGGGCUCAACUGGAAGAAGAAGAGAAACAAAAGAAAACUCAUCAGCUUGAGGUUUGCCCUGCCCCAGUGUCACAUGUUGUGAUUUCUGAUGAAGACUGUCACAGGCAGAUGAUUCAUAACUACCAGCAUCAGCUUUUACAACAAAACAGGUUACAUAAGCAGUCUGUUGAAACUGCCAGGAGACGAUUACUUGAAUACCAAGCUAUAUUAAAAGAAAGAUGCCCGUCCCUGUCAGCCGCAUCACUGCUACCUGAUUCUGUUGUAUCAGGGCCACCACAGAAAUCCCAAAAGCCUGCUGCUGUAUCAGAGCAUUGGGAUCCAAGCCAGAGACUGAAGCUGAGUCCUAAAAAAUAUCAACCUGUGCAACCCUCACAGAUCCCUGCGUUCGAUCAGGGCCAUAUUCAGUUACCAAGACAGGUUCACUUUCCACAGAGACAAGGAGAAAUGAGUGCAUCAGAUAUGUUAGCUAAGCAGUCUGUGGAGACACUGGAAGAUCGACAGAAAUUCUUUCAGACAGAAAUGCAUCAGAGAGACUGUAAGUUCAUCCCUGAAGAUUAUCAUGCACUUUCAAGGACUCUGUCUUAUGAUAAGCCACAAACAUUACAGGAUGCUGGAGAAGUGUCUAAACUGACCAGGGCAACAACUUGUCAAACUUUAGAUUCCCAACAAAUGUCAUCAGAGGAUAGUAAAAAUAUAUCUUCUAAGCCAACUGAACCAUCUUUUCUUCCACUGGUACCUGAACCUUCUUUUACUAGUCUCCCAGUUAAACUUGAAUCUGGAAAAAUUCAGAAACCCUUUACAACCAUAAACCAGUUUAUAGUCAGUCAAACACAGGAUCAGCCUCUGUCAUCCUCGGAGACUCUCAGAGCCCAGCAGGGUGACUUAAAGGUUCUCCAAGGACAGUUAAGACUACAGAAGGAAGUUCUUCAGGCAAGACAAGAGGCUCAGGAAAAGCUGCUCUUGUGCACACAGAAAGAGCUGGAAAAGCACACUGGUCUCCCAGGAUUCCUCCCUUCAUCGGUUGGAAGCUUAUUUCCUUCACUGCCAUCUGCCUCAGCUGAAUCAGGAAAAAUCCAGGCAUCUUCAACAGAAAGUGAUGCCACUGUUUGCUUAGGCAAUGUGGACAGGCUUUGGGGCUUUUCGCAACCUAUAUCAUCAGGACAAACUAAUUCAGAAUCUCUCCGAGAACAGAUCAAUGUUGAGAAGGAUAAUCUUCAGGCUAGGCGGGAAGCCCAGGAGGUCUUGUUUGCACAUAAGCAGAGUAAGCUGGAUGAAAUUGUAUGUUCUGAACAGGCUGGGCCUUUUUGGCUCAGCAAUCAAGUGGCUCAGCAAUCAUUUAGUUCCCUAACAUUGGCUGAUAGACAAUCUAGAAAAAUCCAGGAACAGCCUUUACUUACAAACAAGAAAGGGCUUUUCCCAAGUCAAUCUGAAAUCUCAAGUUUUCAGGAUGGAUCUUCAGGUUUUCUACAGCAGAGCCUGCCUCUCCACAAUAGUUUAAAGUUGCUGCAAGCACGGCUGGCUACACAGAGGGAUAUUACACAGCCUAGACAUGACUCUCAAGAGGCUUUACUUCUACAUAGAGAAAGAGGUGUGCGAGACAGUGAGGCUGGGCCAGUAAAGUCGCUUUCCUUGGUGGCUUCUCAGCAUUCAGAUGUUUCUUACACAGUUUCAGAGGCUGGGCUGAAGAGAUUCCAGGAACUGUAUUCAUCUGAGAAGGAACAGGCACAAAUUCAGAGGCUUAUACUUGGUGCUAGAAAAGAAAUUCAGGAAUUUGCACACAAACAAAAUGAACUAGAAAAAGGACUUUGUUCUCAACAGACUGGCACCUUGUCUUCUCCAUCCCAAGCAGCCACAUGGGAAAGGCCCCAGGAGUGUCUAUCAGUCACGAGUGAUAGUACAGAUCCCUUAAGCCAUGUUAAGACUCCAAGAUUUCAGGAAAGACUAGUUAGAUUUUCACAACAUACAUUCCCUCUACAAGAUAAUUUGCAAGAACACCAAGAAUGGGUAGACACAGACAAAGAGAGCUUUCAGUUUAGUCUCCAAACUUGGGAAAAUUCUCAACAGACAGGCUUUGCUUCCGUCAUACCCUCAUUAGGACUGCCAUCUUGUGUUUCCUUGCCUUCUGCUGACUCUGGUACAACACAGCAACCUCUCUCAACAGACAGCGACAGUAAAGUCACAUCAAGCCAUCUUCAGCUACCAGAAUUGCAGGAUAGACUUUUAAAGAUAUCCCAACUUAUCCAGCCUCAGCAGAACAGUCUGAAGGCCCUUCAGGAGCAGCUAGCUACACAAAGGGAAGCCAUCAUUCACUCUAGACAAGAAGCUCUUAGAGAAACACUGAGCGAGAGGAAGGAACGAGUAUUCCCAGAGCAGGCCGGCCCACCUUCUCUCCUGACACCACAGCAUUCACUGGCUUCAUUCCCUCGUUCUGACUCUGAACGAACACAAGAGCAUUCAACCCGCAGUGAUGAUGCUGUAUCUUUGGGUUGUUCUGAGAUGCUGGGUUUGCCUGGCAGGGCAUUGGGUUUAUCACAUACUGCUUUACCUCAGCAGGAUACUCUAACUGCACAGCCAGAACACUUUCAUGCACAAACAAAUUCCUUUUAUUCUCCCGAGAAAGCCCAGGAAGAGCUGGUGUUUCCCAGACCAUGUAAAUUUGAAGAGAUGUCUGCUGAGUGUUUCAUCCAACCUCAUCAUGGUGAUUUGAAGGCACUUCAACAGCAGCUAGAUAAGCAAAGGAAAGCCAUUAGAUCUGGCCAGGAAAUACAAGAGGAACUGCGUCUGCAAAGGUUAAAUAAAUUGGAGCAAAGGGUACCUUCCAAACAAAUUAGCUCCUCUUUAUUCCCAUCCCAGGUAGCACUGCCCGUUGCCAACUCUGAAGGGACCCUACAGUCUCUUCCAGCCAAAAAAGAUGAUACUGAGAUGCCCAGGUCCCAUAGUGAAUGUCUGGGCUUUCCACAGCCCCUUCUGCCUCAGCAAGAUAACCAGGCAGUGCAGUUGGACAUAGAAACGGUGUUUGAUAAAGAGGUGCUUUUACGCGAACAAAACCGCCAGAACAGAAGUGGCUCUCCUGAGCAUUUCCUCCCUUCUCUGUCUCUGUCCAAGACAAUAGAUCAGCCAUUCAUUCCACUACCUUUUGCAGAGGCUAAAUCUCAGCGCAUAUGUGAGUUGUAUUUAUCUAGAGAGGGAGAGGCGGCUCCUUCUAAUGAAGCCAUGAUCCCAAGAUUGCAGGACAGACUUUUAAGUCCUUCCCAGCCUGCCCUAACUCAGCAAGACACCAGGAGUCUUCAGAAGCAGCUGAAUGUACAAAGAGAAGCUCUACACUCUAGGCAAAAAGCCCAAAAAGAAUCACUUGUGCAAACACAGACAGCCUUGCAGCAGCAAAUCCAGAAACACAGAGAGACUUUGAAAGAUUUCUUUAAUGUCAGUCAGGCAAGGAAGCCCACAGGUGAGAGUGACUUGAAAAUGCAGAAGAUAGAACAGCUCAGAGGGUGGUUUCCUCACAUCCAAGGCCUUGCCUGGGGAGUCUCAGGUCAGGGGAGCUCUAGUAGUGAGCAGCCACGUUUAGCAGAUGUCCAUGCUGAGCACAGUGGUGAGAGUCUGGACAAUGCACUGAGUGGAGGAGCCUCAAAGCCACCUGUCUCCAAAGUUAAAUGUGGUUUGGACUUAAACCAGCAUGAGCUUAGUACUAUACAGGAGGUGGAGUCACCAGCAAGUGGCCGGACUUCCAUGCCAGGGAAAUCAGAUUUCUAUCAAGACCGAGACCCAUUAAGGGUCUCAGUAAGCAGAGAACAGAGUUUUCUGGGGAGCCUACUGGCAAGGGAUCCAUUUGGUUGUCACCAACCACCUGCCCAAGAGAACAGCAGAAGCCAUGACAGUGAUGAAACAGUUAACGUUAAGGAAUCUGAUGUUGAGAAUCAUGCAAUACUGAGUCAUGCUGUCUCAGAAGAAGAAGUGUAUACAUACUUGGGUCCAGUUAUGAAGCCAGAUGACAAGGCUGAAACACAAGAGAAUUCUCAGGAGCUAUUAUCUUCAGUAACUGUUUCUACUGGAAGCUUCUUAAGUUAUGAAAUCACAGAUUUGAGCCUCACAGAUCCAGUUCCAGCUGUGGACCUUGACUUUCCAGAAUUGGAACACUUAUUUCCACACUUGCAUCGUCAGCUCUUUAAACCCUUAGAACCACAUCUAGAUUUUGACUUGUCAUCAUCUUCUGGGAUUUCUCAAGACAACAGAGACUUUUACCAGAGCUCAGAACUUCCCUCUGAAAAACAUGUUAAGGCAUCAUCCACAAGCACAAUUUGCUUUACAGCACUGAGGACCGGCUUGCAGUCUCCUAACUCAAGGCUAAACCAGCAACUUGAUGUUAACUUGGCUCAUGCCGCAGCUCAGACUUUUGCUCUUGAGGGAUCUGAAGAGUCAUUUCAGCAGCUUCUACCAGAAUUAUCACAGGAAAGCCAACAUGCUGAUCUGCCAAGUAUCUAUAGCAUUGAAGCAAAAGGCACUUCCCAAAGUAUGGAAAGCCACAACUAUUCUGAGCAGACUGAAAUAUUACAGAGCAAGAAAAAAGCCUAUUUCCAGGCUUUGACAGAAAACUUGAGUUCAGCCUGCAGUUCAUCUGGGGUAUUUGAUCAGUUACACCUGCAGCACAGCACUCCACGUGGUUCUACCUCUAGUGAGUGCUCAGUAAAGCAACUAGAAAACAAAGAAACGCUGGGGUUUGAAGAACUGUCAAGAAAAGCAGUUGUGAUGUCACAAAGCCAAAGACUCAUUGAAGAUGAAAAUGUAGAAGGAAUUGACUCUAAGUUGUAUGUAGGAACAGUGGAGACGGAAACUUCAAUUCAGGGGUCUGACUCAUUGAACAUUCAAAAUGAAAAUCAGGGGCCUGACUCAUUGAACAUUCAAAAUGAAAAGGCCACUCAGAGCAUAACUGAAACUGAAGCUACAAAAGUUCUGGGGAAGGGAUCUCAGCUAGCACCAACAGAACACAUCGUGAAUCCUACGUCUUACUCAUUUCGGAGCCCUAUUCCAGUCUGGGAAACAGAAUCUGGCUAUGGUAUAAUGGAAGAACCAGACCUUACUCUAGUAAGCGCCAGUGACAUCAGCGUCACAGAAACCGAUCUUGCAAACUUAACCCUUGAAGAGAAAGACAAUGACGCACAGAGCCCUUUCCAGGCAAGUACAUUUCUGCCUCCGACUGAAACUUCUGGCUAUGGAGCUGUGUCAGAGCGUUGUGUAGAACAGUCCACAGCGGCACCUUCAGCCAUACCAGGUAGUUUACAAGAUGCAUUUAUGAAAAGAAAAAGGACAUUUAUGGAGCGAUCCUACCAGAGACAAAGAGAAUUGCGGAAUAAAACUCGGCUCCUUCAAGCCAAAAUAGCUAAAGAGAAAAUACCUACAGACUACAUAGGCAGUUAG